UCCUAUUCAUAUUUAUGAUACUGGGGACAAUUUCAUUAUUAAAUGACCGGCAAACAUUAUCGUAUACAAUAAAGUCAAUUUUGAACUCUUUUAUGUGCUAACUAUCGUGGUUUUCUUAUAAAAGGAGUCUCCGAUCAAAAAAUCAUUCAUUCAUCCUCCCCUUCCCUUUUGGAUACACCCUAACAACGUAUCUGGUGGUGCUAGCAAAUUCCAUUCAUAACAUAAUUACAUGGGCCUACUUGGAAAAAGCUUCACUUCAAAAUUCAAAAGCAUCACAACACUUGCUGUUUCUAGGAUAGUUAUCUUGAAGAACCAGCACAAAGCUCGAGCCUCUUAUGCUCGCUCCGAUGUUGCUCAACUCUUGAACCUUGGUUACCAUGACCGUGCUCUACUUCGUGUGGAGCAAUGGGUAAUAGAACAAAACAUGUUGGAAGUAUUUGCUAUGAUAGAAAGUUAUAGUAAUUUCCUGAGAGAAAGAGCUGAAGCUCUUGAAAGGAACAAGGAGUGCCCCGUUGAGCUCAAGGAAGCGGUCUCUAGCCUUGUCUUUGCAUCCUCAAGGUGUGGAGAAUUUCCAGAGCUGCACAAGAUAAGAGAGAUUUUGACAUCCAAGUUUGGGAAAGAAUUUGCAGGCCAUGCUGUUGAGUUGCACAAAAAUAAUAGAGUGAACUCUAAGAUGAUACAAAAGCUUUCACCAAGAUGCCCAAACAUGGAAAUCAAAAUGAAAGCGCUGAAGCAAAUUGCUUCAGAUAUUGGAGUUAAUUUGCGUUUGGAGCAGGACCCUAUAUUGAUCAAUGAGGACAAAUUGAGUGUUGACCGAAGGCAAGAUGAACCUGAAAUCAGAAAUGGUAGUGUUGAUGGUCCUAACCAUAAAGAAAAUAUCCAAAAUAAUCCGGGAAACACAAUCCAGGAUGAACAUUUAUCUGAUAAGAAUGAAGAAAGGAAGAGGUAUACGGAUACAGCUACUGCUGUUACUGAAAAAGCCUUGGAAUCUGGGAUUGAAGUCAGAAAACACUCAGAUCAUAGUGUUUCUCUUCAAAAGAUGCAUGUGCAUCCUAUGGUGAACUCUAGUUCUAAACAAGAGGGUGAAGUUAUAUCAAAACGCAACCAUGAUAUUGAACUCAAAGGAUUGGAAAGGAGGGAAAUUAAAAAACAAUUUGCAUGGGAAGAAUAUCAUUUAAGUCAGAAUCCAAGAGAUGAUGUGAUAACAUCAAGGAUUGUAGAGUUCAUUUCCAAGGAACACGUAGAGGAAGCAAAUAGAGAGGGCCACAUAGUUGGUGAGUUAAGCUCAGCCAAGAGCUUCCAAAUGGAUAACAAUGAUCACAGUAGUCACUCUGAUGCAGCUACAGAAAAUGAACACUUGAGUGAAGAAAGAGUUCACCCUUCUUCCCAUGCUAUUAGAUGGAAUUCACAGAGGUCUCAAUCUGAUUCCACUCUAAAUACUAUCUAUGGCAAGAAGGCAUGAGAUGGAAACUAGUGAUCCAACACAUUUUCAGAAGCAGGUACAUACACAUGUGGACCGGAAGAUGAUGUCAGUGAGGACUAGAUAAGCCAAAAGGCGAACAAAUUUUUUUUUGUGUGUGGAGGAUUCAAACAUAUUAUUUCUUCAAAAGUGUACAAAAUGCAAAUUCUCAAAAUUAUUUAACAAUUAAAAUAAAAAUAAAAAUAAUGUGGAAAUCUAUGUACCAGAAUAUGUAAAAUCCAAUCGAGAUCCUAAUAGCAACAUUUUUUUAAGGCAACUCUGCCGCCAUGU